AUGCCACCACAUCCCCUCCACCCACGGUCGCGUAUGACCUCGUCCCUCUUCGCAACCACGGUUGUCGCGAGCUUCUUCGUCGUCGGGAUGCCACAUCUGCUGCCGUGCCCAGCACCCCGAGUCACAUACGCCGACGGAGAAAUCGUGGUGGGCGAAGACGGCCGCCGGAGGAGGCGGAAACGUCGCGAGGCAGGCCCUGAGAUCAAGGACGGCAUUGUCAGCUUCAACCAAGUCGGCGACGAGGAGACGAUACGUGCACAGCAAGAUCGAUCGAAGAGGGAAUGUCCAGUGCCGAAACCUGGCGGCAUCUUGGGAGAGUGGUUGGGAUUCCACGGGCCGAGUAAGGAAGCAGAGUCGACGAAAGCAGAGAGGUGA